ACAGUGUGCUGGGAAGAAGGGUCCAGUGGAUGUCUCUGUUCACAGCGCAACCCUGGGAGCUCUAUAAAUCCAGAUGCACUGACUUUCUGAAGGCACCUUUUGCGCCCGAACAGCCAGUAAACUCUUCUGAUCAAAGCACUCCCCUCUGGCAUAUCUGGAAAGCCCCCCCGCACCCCAACAUAAAAAAAGCACUUGAAAUAAAUAAAGACCCUCUGCCCUGGAGAGCUGAGCUGAGCCACUCGCUCCCUGCAGCCGGCCUCUAGUGCCAUGCUGCUCUUACCACACGCAGCUGCUCUCUGCAUCUCUCCCUCCUUCUCCUCGCCUCCACUCCCCCUCACUCCUUCUCCCUUUCUUGCUCUCCCUCCGUCACCAUCUGUCACACUCAUUCUCUCCCACCCCCUCGUUCCCUCUCUCUCCAUCAUAAUGACUCUGUCACUCCCCUCCUAUUCCUUCUCCCCAUUCUCUCCUCCUAUCAUUCAUUCUCCCUUUCUCCCUCUCUCAUUCUCAUUCCCAUUCUCACCUCCCAGCCCUGUGCUGAUUGGCUGGUGGGAUCAUUCCCUGCUUGAUCUACCUAACCCUGGCAUCGAAGCUCCCACUUCAGUGGAAGGAAUGCUUGGAGAGGGGAGUCGUGGCUCCCCGAGCAGUGCAAGGAGAUGGGCUUGUCACCUGCAGUAGGCAAGCCCUGGAAACCUGAUGGGAGAGUGUGAGCAGGCAGAUGUGGAGGCUCUGGGACUGGGGGAAGUCCCACAGCUGGAGCAGAAGUUAAGAGGCGAGGGCAACUGGCACCUCUGAAGAGAAGUGCAAGGAGGAAUUUCAGCUCCACAAGGUGGAUGGUGGACAUGACUUCACUGUUUUAGUUUAUUUUUAAAGGGGAAGAAGAGAAAAAAAAAAGAGAAAGAGAGAGAUAGGACACAUGCUCCCAGCGAGCAGAGGAAAAUGUAAAUCCCACUGACACACAGGCAGAUGGUGAAGGGCAGGGUUUCUCUGCCAGCAGCUGGGAGACAAGAUUGUCUGGAACUGGAGUAGAAAAUGUGAGUGCAAGACAAGGUCUCCAGCUGAUCAAGUGGGAGAUCGAUCCACUUCUGCCUCUGCCAUGGACACACCUGCUUUCAGCUUCCCCACACCCAUGGUACCAGAGGAGGGAAAUACCACAAUCAAUUGGAUAGAGCCCAUCUCAGGGAACUUAUCAACAGCUGCCAGCCCAGGAGUUGUAAUUAGUGGAGUCCUCGUCCCGCUGGUCUAUCUCAUUGUCUGUGUGGUAGGGCUGGUUGGGAACUCCCUGGUUAUCUAUGUAGUCCUGUGCCACUCAGUUAGUGAGUCAGUGACCAAUGUCUACAUCCUGAACUUAGCCCUGGCAGACGAGCUGUUCAUGCUAGGGCUGCCCUUCUUGGCUGCGCAGAAUGCACUGUCCUACUGGCCCUUUGGCUCCUUUAUGUGCCGACUGGUGAUGGCUGUAGAUGCCAUAAACCAGUUCACCAGCAUCUUUUGUCUGACUGUGAUGAGCGUCGACCGCUACCUGGCUGUUGUCCACCCAGGGAAGUCAUCAAAAUGGCGGACGGCACGUGUGGCCAAAGUGGUUAGCACCACCGUGUGGGUGCUGUCAUCCGUGGUGGUGCUGCCUGUCGUAGUGUUCUCAGAUGUCCCCCUGGGGAUGAGUACCUGCCACAUCCAGUGGCCUGAGCCAGCCUCAGUGUGGAAAGCUGGCUUUAUCAUCUAUACAGCUGCCCUGGGCUUCUUUGGGCCACUGCUGGUCAUCUGCCUCUGCUAUCUGCUCAUUGUCAUCAAGGUACGGUCCUCUGGCAGGAGAGUGCAGGCCUUGUCAGCCAAACGCAAAUUAUCGGAGCGCAGGGUGACACGCAUGGUGGUGGCCGUGGUGGCCGUAUUUGUGCUCUGCUGGCUUCCUUUCUAUGUGCUCAACAUCAUCAACGUGGUCUGCCCAUUACCCGAGGAGCCAUCUCUCUUUGGUGUCUACUUUCUUGUUGUGGUGCUGCCCUAUGCCAACAGCUGUGCCAACCCAAUCAUCUAUGGCUUCCUCUCCUACCGGUUCAAGCAGGGCUUCCGCCGGGCCAUUCUGAGGCCCUCCCGUCGAGUGCAGAGCCAGGAGGUUGCAGCAUGUCCCCUGGAGAAGUCUGAAGAUGAAGAGGAGGAGGAGGAAGAAGAGGCAAGACGGGUCAGCAAGAUUGCCCAGAAUGGCAAUGGCCAGCAGGAGUGCCCCCUGAGCAGUGGAGCUGGAGGUAGCAGUGAACAGAAACCACUCCCAGAGGACCCUGUGAGCUGUGAGAAAACCAGUGUCCUGAACAUCAGUUACUUGUAGCAAACGGGAGGAUGUGGCUUUUCUUCUCUCCCUAGGGUGUUGUAGUUGUGACGCAUGAGGGUUGCCAGCCAACAAGGUACCAAGGUCCAGCCUGCACACAAAGAAGACGAAACCUGAAGAAGCAUGUGGAAGAGCAAAACACGGCCUUGGACUUCUGAAGCAACGUCUGACAUCCAUAUUGAGGGGUGGUGGGGGGCAAUAUGAGAGCUUCUGGGUGAGGGUAGAAAGGGGGACUGGACAGGGGCAAAGCCUUGGUGUUAACGAACAUAUCAUCAGCAUGGGAGGUGGGGAAGCCACAGAGAAGGGUCAACACUGCCCCUUCCUCCUCUAUCACCUACACAGGGUGUUGGAACAGGUAGCCAACUAUGUCUGCACCAAAAUCAGCUUCCAAGCCUGUCCCAAUGUUCAUGGGAACUAAACCCUCUAAGAAAGGAACAUGGAAAUUGUUCUUGCCCACAAACACAAGCUACCUGGGCCAUAGAUCUGUCCUGUUCAUUCCUCCAGCUUCUCUGGGAUGUCUCUUGGGGACACCCCUGGACUGCCCUGAUAUCAUUUCAGUUGCAUAAAAUGCCCUGUUUCUUUAAAAUGCUCCCAGGCCUCAGGGGCAGGCUGCUCUGACUGGGCAGAGACACUCUCUUCCCCAUUUCUGUAAUCCCCAGAAGCUUCAUAGUCUGGUGGAGGGUGAUAACGAUGAUUGGAAAGGGUCAACAGGACAUGAGUUGAGGGCAGAGCUUCCUGCAAGCUGUACUUCCAACCAUCCUCCCCCACCCUACCCACUCCCAACCAUUUUACUAUGAAUAAACAAAAAGACUUGGGACUUUA